AUGUUAAUUUCAUUUCAGUCAAUCAGGCUGAUGAACUGGAAGGCUGCCAAAUUGUGGACAUUGAUUGGCUACUCAAGAAGAUCGAAAAGGAUAUUCCAAAGAAUAUUCAGAAAGAUACUCAAAGAGAAAAAUGCAGACGUCGAGCCGAAAGGCAAAAAGCGUGCGCGAGAAGAGUCGCUUGGGGACGACGAAGGCAAUCCUUCAAAGAAAACGAAGGAUGAAGAACAGAUCAAGCUCAAGAAUCUGAUCGAUUUGAUUGACAAGGAAUACCCGACACCGAGUAGUACGCUUUCCGUUUACCAGGACGACGCGGGAUUGAUAUGGGAUGCCACAUUGGUCAGACCUGGUGAGAACAAAGCAGUCGAAGUUUCGCGCAUCCAGCUUCUCAUUCAUAGCGAGUCACAGACGUUCCACACGUGGGACUUACAAUACGAAUUUGGAUCAUCUGAGGAAUCAAAUUCGGUUGGAAAUGCAGGAACCUUGGACUCGGCCAAACGUACGUUCAGGGCGAAGUUCAAGUCGCGCAGUGGUCUAGCCUGGAAAGACCGACAUGCUAUUCCCCCUUCUAAAGCUUGGAUUUCCUCGAAACACAUAACAGGGAGAUUUCUAUCUUCAUCAGCGAGACCAGCCCGUUACCGGCAAGUGUCGAAAAUGUUUUUAAAAAAAGGCAUCUUCGCAUCAGGAAAUUUGAAGGACUACGUCCAUUUCCUAAACCAUUACUGGCGCAGUGUUUUGCUUGAAAACAGAGUGGACAAGAAAAAGCUACUGGUUGGGAUUGCAGUUUUGGGCAAGCUGAUGGAGCUUACUGACCCUCAGCUGGCGCCUGGUGACCAUUCCAAAGCGAAGAAGAGAUUGUGCACGAUCUACGAAAGCUUGAUUCAUCUGACCCUUUCAGACACAAAUGAUGCCGUCAGACAGGAAUUGGAAUCCUUCGAUCUCUUAGUCAAGUUGCGUGAUGCCAGCGAGAUUCUGGAAAAAGAAUCACAGUCUUCGUCAUUGACCAUGAGCCAAAUAUCCCAAGUACUUGGUCUAGCAACAAUGAGUCCAGGUGAGGUCAUCGGUGUGUUCCGUCUCGAACGCCGCGGGGAAGCAGGGCGUUUUGCCCUGCGGGAAAAGGCAAACCUUGCUAGUAUUGGAGACCGUCGACUUCUGUGGCAUGGCUCGGCGUCUAGCAACUUUGCAGGGUUCUUGAGUCAAGGGCUGCGUGGCGAUGGAAUUGUCAGUACCGCUGGGAAGCACUUCCUUUCUGGGGUAUAUUUCCCCGACAUAUCCACCAAGUCGGCGAGAUAUUGCCGACAGAAGGGGGAAGCCUUGAUGUUGCUAUGUGAAGUAGAGCUGGGCAAAUCCUCGGCCCUUUCAGUUCACCAUGUUGGCGGCACUGUACAUAAGAAUUGGCGCGGUGCUGGAUACAUUCACCCAGAUUUCAAGGGGUCCCGGGUGCCAAAUGUUCGCGCCGGAACGAUGACUGCAGACGGCAGUCCAGGUUUUUACCAUAGUGAGUACGUCGUAAAAGAUCCCGCACAGAUUCGUCAACGGUAUUUGCUCCACGUCAAGAUUGUUUGA